GUUCCCUUCUUGUACUCAUAUAUUUGCUGCUUUCAUUGAGACCCCAUAGCACGACCUAGUGCACAGCAUCGGAUCUGUGUCGAAAGACAAAACGAGUAAUUCACAACCUUACUACAGCACUCUACAGGACGCGCGUCUUCGAGUCGUCGAUUCAUCUUCAUCACAGCCACUCUCGAAUGUGCGCCUGAACACCCUCUUCCGCUGCUGGUCGGCGCCGACUCCUCCCCCAGCUUCUUCUCUGCCACGGCGACGGCGAGACUCCACCGCCACCAGCCAGUAUGGCACCGCGAAACCCGUGCUCCCUUCUCCCUCGGCGGCUGCAGAUUGUCGGAACUCUCACAGUGGCUCUCGUGCUGUGCAUCAUCUUCCUCUUGGGAAACUCGAACACAGACGACUACGAUGGUCUAGUACAGAAACUGCCAUAUGGGCCCCGGCUGGAAGAGAGCGUGCACAAGGCAGUGGUGGAAUCCCAGCACAUUGUCGACCACAUUCCCUUGCUGGGGACUCCAGCUCAUGAGCCCCCGCCAGAGCAGGCCAAUAGCAGCAGUGGUGACACGAAAUGGUAUAGCGACUGGAAGUGGAAGAACCCCUUCAGCAGCAGCGUGGUGCACGAUGAGGAGCGCACCGUACUGCCGCCUUUGCAGGACCGACCGCCGGUAUACACGUACUACGAUGCGAGCGCGCGCAGGAAAGACGAGAAGAGCAAGAAGGCGGAGCAGCAGUUGCUACAGAUUUGGCGCAAGGCAUGGUGGGCAAAGGGCUUCCGUCCGAUCGUGCUGAGCAGGUCUGAGGCAAUGCAUAAUCCGCUGUUCCGCACCAUGCAGGGCUUGCAGUUGCAAAAGUCCUUCGAGCAUGAGCUGAUGCGGUGGCUCGCUUGGGGCAGCAUGCGUGGUGGCAUUCUGACCAACUUCAUGGCGGUGCCCAUGGCCGCCUAUGAUGACCCUCUGCUAUCGUUCUUGCGCCGCGGAGAGUACCCAGAGCUCAUACGUUACGAAGGCCUCGACAACGGCUUGUUCGUCGGCAGCCAUGAUGACAUCGAUGCUGCUCUGAAAGAGGCCCUUCGCUCGUCGGCCAUCAAGAGGGUCAAGUUCAUCAAUGAGGCGCUUCCCGACGACAUGAUGAAGGUCGAUCCUCAGCACGAUGGCAUUGCCUUUUACAGCAACAGGACCAUCACUGAAAAGUAUGAGGCUAUACAAGUAAAGCUUCUGGAUCCAAAGACGAUUGGAGACGGGCUGGCUAUGCUACCUGCGCUGAUCAACAGCCAUCUCCACUUGACGUGGCAGAACAUCUUCGCCAGAGGCAUAUCCGUGGUCAAGCCGUUGCCAGAGCACACUUCCGCCAUCAUGGAGCCUGCCAUCGACAUCGCGCGCAACCUCUCUCAGUGCGCCGACUCGCCCAUACCCGCGUCUUGCCCUCCCAAUCGGCCGAGAUGUAAACCUUGUGUGUCCAAUAAUGUUCCGAUUACCGCUGAUAAAUACUUUCGAAAUGAGAGUGACCGCUUUCAGAUCGGCACCGUCCCUCAUCCGCUGACCAUUCAAAGUCUGGUCAAGCAAAACGAUGACUGGAACGUGUCGAGCAUCAGACGCAGCACAUCGCGAGAUAUAUGGAUUCUGGCGGCUACCAAGCUGUUGCUCGGCACGGGUAUAUCUUCAUUUGAACGCCUGCCGGUCAUGAAGACUGCUGUGGCGUCUGACAUUGGAAGCUUUCGAUCCUUGUGGUUGUCUGCGGAGGAUCCGCCCACUAAGGAUAACGAAGAGGAUCGCGAUGAGCUGGACUGGAUAUUUGGCUUCCAGUUACCACGCGACCCCCUCCCAGACGGGAAAAGCGAGACACCUGUUCCUGGCCCGGAGAGGCGUCCGCCUGCACCCAAGCCAGAAUAUGGCGACGGGCCGAUCCCAACAGAAGAGGAUCUGAAGCGCGAAUUCAAGCUGCUGGAGUCGAGCAGGAUGCAGCUCAAGAGUGGCGAGAAGCGAGGGGCGGAGACGGCAGUCGUGAAUAAGGAGACGAUUGAAGCCUGGAAUCUGGCGGAUACCGAGAUCUGGAAGUUCAUUCGCGCCUGGAAUGCUCGACGGCAUAUGGAGAGACAAGCAUGGCAAAGUGAAGAAAAGUCCUUUCAAGGCAAAGGCGUCUUGGAUCGGUGGCGAGAUAGUGUUACGUGAAGUAGCCGGCGCCAUUGCCCAUGUUUUGUGCCUUCCCGCACUCUGUUCGUGAUUCACUUGCCAGUGCGUUCAUUGUCAUGGUACCUGCUGCAGCUGAAGAUGAAGCAAUCGUGGCCCCCAAGGCUAAGUUACCUACUUUACUUUACUUUAGUCCCUGACUCCUUUCGAC